CGAUCAACGGGUUUCUAGAUAUUCAUUCCUCUUCUCUAAGCAUUCUCCCGUCCUCGACCUCAAAAUUUUGCGUUCCUCCCCGUAAACUGGGACAAGCCCAUUUGAUCAUGGAGGCAUGUUGUGAGCACCAGGACGACAAUACCGCAGGAUUAACACCUGUCCUCGAUUCUAUCAUGCAUCGUCGCCGCGCACCUAGGGAGGAGGGCUUGCGCGCAACACAAGUCGCAAUCUUGAGCUCGUUAAGUGAGUCCGGACACCUCCCGGCAAGCAAUAUCAUCGACGACAUCGCGGCCGACUCGGGUAAGACAGGAUAUGAAAUCCUGACUGCACUGCACGAGCACGAUUAUGUACGCAUAGACAAACACGGGAAGAUCAUCGCUGCCUAUCCGUUCUCGAUCAGGCCCACUCGCCAUCGCGUCAAACUGAAAAAUGGUGUAACAGUCUUUGCGAUGUGCGCGAUAGAUGCUCUAGGCAUCCCCCCUAUGGUCAACAGCGAUGCAACUAUAUGCUCAGAUACAGACUCUGGUGAUGAAGUCCGUAUCAUCUUCCGCCAGCCGCAGGUUAGCUGGGACCCACCGGAAACCGUGGUUCUGGUUGGAACGGAGUCUCAUACGGGUGCCGCAGCGGAUAUUUGCUGCCAAUACGUGAAUUUCUUUGCAAGCCAGACAAUGGCAGAAGCGUGGGCAAAGGCUCAUCCUCAGAUAGAGCACGUGGUUUUCGAUCAAAGCAGAGCUGUUCAGCUUGGUGCUGCGGUUUUUGGGACAUUACUUCAGCAAGAAGGCUCGUAAGCUCGUGUCAUAUGUGCAAAAUGGACAAGAAAUUACCAUGUAUACAAUCUCAGAAGACAG